GAGGUGGGAUUUGAAAUGGGGUUUAAACUUGGGUCUUGGGAUCUCCGCCUGGUAAGGAGCAAAAGGGGACCGUGCUGAGCUGCGGGGGCAGUGUGAGCUACAUACACACACAGUAACUUCUGUGGUGCCGGAGCUUCACAGCCAUGGCCUCACGAUUCGGCUUUCUCCUCCCUCCACGUCCCAUUUCCUCCUCCACGUUUUCCUCCAUUGCUCUACUACUCCUUCUCAUUAGGUUUGUUAGCUCUCUCUUCCUCCCUCUCUCUCUGUGUGUGUGGUGGGUUGUUAGGGCAUUGGGGAGGGCGAUGAGUGGAUUUUGAGUGUGCAUUGUUUGGUUUGCGGCGGAUUGGGGGUUGAAUUGAGUAGUCGGUGAUGCGAUUUUUCUUCCUUCUGGGGGCAGAGAACGUGUAGGCUGGUACGCCUUCAAGUGGGUAUGAAUGCGAAAUUGCUGUUGAUCAUGGGAUGUCAAUUGGGAAGGGUUUAAGAAAUUUAGGCUUUAGUGGAAGAUUGAGUGUGGGGAGGUGAGGGUUGAGGCCAAGCAGAUGUGGGUAUGGAGUUGCUAGCACUUAGAGGAGCCCACCUAGUUAGGGAUCCUCGUCCUGUGCGCGACGAGCCCCCAGUUUAUUCUGCACACGACCACCACAACGGUUGUAACUUAUUCGCGAACAGGGUUUCGCUGGUGGGCAGACGACGAAGAGGUGGUAGCAGUAGAGGUUCUAGAAAGAUAUUUGAAGCGAGAGGAUACAGCGUGCAGGAUGGCUACAAUUCCGCCCCGGAGACUGCACAUUCAAGCGGAAACAGGGGAAACACAAUUAUUCGCAGGGAUGUUAGCAGGCUGGCAAUGGAAGACGACUUUGUAUCUAAGGAAACCUUGCAGCCGAGGGACAGGUUCACAGCCCCCGGACAGACAGGAGGGGAAGGGAUAUUGAGAUACUCCAGGACAAGCUAUGACGGAGACGACUACGCACGUACAAAGUUAAGGCUCUCUCAACAGAAGCCCAUUGAAAAUGUGCGCUCAGGAGUGCCUUCCACACUCACAAAUAUAGCACACAUAGCGUUCCCCCUGUUGUUGAUAGCGCCAGUCAUAGGAUUCAUUGCACGCUGCGUGGUUGACUACAUCCAUACCCAGAUUGAGAACGAGGUGGGCAAACGGUUUGCAGAGAUGGAGUCAUGGCAAGCUCUUCAACGGCCUCGAGUAAAACGGUGGCAGACCAUUCUGGACGAAGAUCGCGAUGAAAACGAGUUAGAGCUUCUGACUACAACAAUAUCAAAUUAUCAAUAUCAAAGUGAUCCCUGGACAUCCAAUAGCUACCAACCAACUACUUCAAGGGAUGAUAGUGAGACCAAUGGAAGGUAUCAAAUUCCACCAGGAAAAGAAACCGAGGAAGAAAGGAAGCUGAGACAAAAGUAUGACUACGAGGAGAUAAAAAGGUCUUACACAAAGCUUGAGCCAAUGUACGAGAAAUUUUUGGCCGACAGCGGGUUAACUGGGUCAGGCUAUUGGCGUGGUGCAGGUGAGAGCUAGUGUGAAUACUUUGUAAGUGUAGAGCAUCAUAUGCGGGAAAUUAAAUAAAGAAUGCCGCACUAGUGACGUGUUUACACUUAAGUUUUGCUAGAUUUUGUCCCUCACAGAUAAUAAUGGUACUCGUUAAUCCCUUCUUAUAGUUUUGUCAGGUGGUUACAGCUUGUAGCUUGUGGCACUACGCGUCGAGCUAGUCUUUGACAGCUAAAUGUAAUUGUUGACGUCAAGAAUACCACAGGUCCAGUUUUUCUGUUGUCCCCAUUUUAUACUGCUCCAUUAGGAAACCCACCAAAGGACUAACCUUGGCCCUCGUAUUAUUGAACAAUGGAAGCAGAUCAAGUUUCUCAAGUUUUUGAUCAUUUUAAGCUA